AUGGUAUUAUUGGAGAAUUAUCUCUUAUUGCAACUCCAGAUGAAAAUACAAACUUGUUUGCUGUACUUGAUACUGCUAUUAUAGCAGUAUACUUCAUGCUAACAGGAGAUUCGAGUGCAGUCUCACCAUGGGUCUUGAGAAAAAAUUGGACAUUGGUGUUUUUGUUAAUUGUGUUUUCAUUUUUUAUAACAAUUUAUUUAAUGAAUUUGUUUAUUGGAUUACUUGGCAUGGCAAUUGAUAAAACAAAUAAUGAUGAAUCUUUCUUGCAACUAAGAGGAGAGAAAUUGAACUUUUCUGGAUGCUACCCUACCAAAGAAGAAAGAAAAGCUGGUUUUCAGAUAUCUUCUUCAGUUGAGGAACUUAAAAAAUAUGUUAAGAGAGUAAAAAAUAAAGAUUGCAAUGAAGCAUCACAUCCAUAUUU